UUGUUUGUUGGAAAAAAUAUUGGGGGUUUGAGCUUCCAACCCUAAUCUCAUCUGUUCACUCACUUCACCGAGACUGACAUAGAAAGUCUCCGGAGACAAACAAAGUUCUGCACCGGUGCCACCGCCUCCGCCUGCCUGCUUCCGCUCUGUUUCCGCCGUCUCCCGUCGCGUUUGGAAUUAUUUCAUUUGAAUAGUAUACGGCUUUUGAAAUAAAUGUUGAAAUUGGAUUUAAUUAGUGAUGCGGUGGAUGUUGUUAUCUAAGCUGCAAAAUGAACUGAUUUAGCCGUUUGAAAACCUCAAAGUUGGCUUACAUUUUUUGUAUUUUUAUGUAAAAUUAGGAUACCUCUCUACUUAUUUGUCAAUUGUCAAUGAUGAAGACGGUAUGGAGAAUUCAUGAUGUUUUACAGAAGGAAGCAGUUCUCCAAAAGUUUUCAUCAUGUUAUACAAUCGGACGAGGUUCAGCUAAUACGUUGUGGAUCAGAGGAUUAGCAAGCAAGCCAUCAUCUUCUUCCAAACCCGCCGCCUGGCCACAUGUAUUUACUUUAUUUGCAGACAGGCGGAGUCCUGCCGAUUCUUUGGUCAACCAAGAUAUGAGAGAAAAAGUUUCACAUUUAAAGGAUGAAUUGUUAGCAUACAGUGGUGAUGCUGAAAUGUUUGAGAAAAUAUUAGCAGAUAAAGGGGUUUCGUUGUUUAGUAGGUAUGCAGAUGGUUCUGCAGUUGUUGAGCUCUUACAGCAGCUAAAAUCUUCGCCCGGGUUAGCGGUCCAGGCUUUCGACUGGAGAAGAAGACAAUUGGAUUGCUGGAGUCCCAUGACAGUUGAGGAGUAUUCCAAGGCUAUUGUUAUGGCUGGAAGGUUAAAGAAUAUUGAUCUUGCAGCCAAACUAUUCAAGGAGGCUUCUAACAAGCGACUCAAGUCGACCUCUUUAUAUAAUGCCCUUAUGACUGCAUAUAUGAUCAAUGGCUUGGCUGUUAAGUGUCAAUCAGUUUUUCGAGACUUGAAGAGGGAAGCAACAUGUACUCCAACUAUUGUAACAUACAACAUACUGAUCUCUGUGUUUGGAAGAUUAAUGCUGAUAGAUCACAUGGCGGCAACUUUACGGGAAAUAAAUGAUUUGGGUAUCUGCCCAAAUGUUGGUACGUACAACUAUUUAAUUGCUGGGUAUAUCACAGCGUGGAUGUGGGAUGAUGUGGAGAAGACAUAUAGAAUCAUGAAGGCAGGAAGUAUCAAACCUGAUCUCACUACCCAUUUAUUGAUGCUUCGAGGAUAUGCACAUUCUGGUAAGUUGGAAAAUAUGGAAGAAAUGUAUGAGCUUGUCAAAGGUCAUGUUGAUCGAUAUGGAAUCCCAUUAAUUCGAUCUAUGAUAUGUGCUUAUAGUAAAAGUUCUGAUGUAAAUAAAGUUCAAAAGAUUGAGGAAUUGAUGAGGUUGAUUCCUAAAGAUGAUUAUAGGCCUUGGUUGAAUGUCAUAUUGAUAUGUUUGUAUGCAAAGGAAGAUCUGUUAGACCAGAUGGAAAAUUCAAUAAAUGAAGCCUUUAGCUGUAACACAUCCGUCACAACUGUUGGUGUCAUGCAUUGCAUCAUUUCAAGUUACUUCCGAAACAAUGCAGUGGACAAACUUGCUAAUUUUGUUAGCCGUGCAGAAUGUGCUGGUUGGAAAAUAUGCAGGUCCCUUUACCACUGCAAGAUGGUUAUGUAUUCAUCACAAAAGCGACUCAUUGAAAUGGAGAAAGUUCUUAGCGAGAUGGAUAAAGUGAAUUUGGACUUCUCAAAGAAAACACUUUGGAUAUUACUUAAAGCCUACAAAACUUGGGGGGAAAGGGAUAAACUUCAUCAGGUCUUGGGUAUUAUGUGCAGGCAUGGAUAUGGAAUUCCUAUAAAUGGAUGAAGUUGGUAAUUCGUUGUUCGAUUUCCUUCCAUCAUAGUUUUAUGACGGUUAACCCCAUUGUAGUAUUGUUGGAAUUUGGGAUUUUGAUGAAGCAGCAGAUGAUAGUCCAUUUUGUUCUUCUCCUUUUGCUUGUUCCCUCUUGUUUCUGAUAUUACAGGCUAAAAUCUCAAGUGAUGAAAGCAUUUCUAUGAUAUAGAAGAGUUAAUUCAAGCACGUGCGAACAACAUGUCUGCUUAUUGCCAAUAUAAUUCAAAUUGAGGGUAUUUUAGACUUCUCAUAGUACUUAACUAUAUACCAUGCCUUUUAACAUCAAAGUAAUUUGCCAUGUAUCACUUCUCUAUCUUGUUUUAUUUGUGGCUCUAAAUCUUCUACAGCCUUUUUGGUUCAUCGCCAUCCAGCUUGUCUGGGUCUUAGCAUCAUCUAUCCACUACUAACUUUGUUUAUUCUGUCUCUACACUCGCUUGGAGAUUUAUGUUGUUCCACUGCCUCUGAUCGGUGAGUUUCACUGAUAUUCUAUCACGUCUUUUUCCUGCCUGCUUGCUAAAUUCAAAUCUGGGUUUACAGUUUUGAUUCUAAAGGAAAAAACGAAUAAUAAUGAAGAUGAUUCUGUUUCAUGAAUCAAGUAUCUUAAUGGCCUUCCAGAGGUUGUUGUUUGAUGCAUUCAUUCAUAUGAAACAUUAUGAAUAUCUGGGAAGAGCUACACUCCUUGAAAAUCCCUAAUUUGUCCCUCUUCAUUGUGUUUCCUCUAUUCUAGUGUUGGUUUACAAAUAUCAGUCUUAUUUUUUUUCUACAAUAAAUGUUGCUCCUUUUCUCAAAUGACUGUGUUGCUGUAAUUUAAGAGUAAUGAAGCGACUUACUAUUACAAUUGCAAA